CCGUUGUUUCAGGCGUUAAGCUAUGGCGCUGCCAGCGUCGAGGCCGAUAUUUGGCUCGUGAAUGGAACGCUGCUCGUCGGACAUACCCAGAACGAACUCACCCCGGAGCGUACCCUCGCCACGCUUUACCUUGACCCCCUGAAGGCGAUGUUGGACGCCGCAAACAAGGAUGUACCACCGGAGCACCCGAAGAGAGGGAUAUACCCUACCGCACCUACGCUCCCGCUCCAGCUCCUGAUAGACAUCAAGUCAGAUGGACCAACCACGUUCGCAGCCCUCCAUACGGCCCUCGAGCCUCUGCGCAGCGCUGGGUAUCUAUCCAGCUGGAACUCUUCCUUGUCCACAAUAGACAUCAGUCUCGUCACCGUGGUCGGCUCGGGCAACACGCCCAUUGCGUCCGUGCAGGCGCUCGGCACGUCCGGGGCUAACCAGGCGUCGGGAAGUAGUGAAGCGUCCGUGAGGGAUAUAUUCCUGGACGGACCGCUGGCCUCUGUCUCGAAGGACGAGGAUCUCGUAUCCACCCUGUCCCCUCUUGUUAGCACCGAUUUCGGCGCGACGAUUGGCAUCGCGUGGAUCAUACCCUCCCUUGGUAAGAAGAAGAUACGCACGCUCGUUCAAGCGGCACACGCCAAAGGACUACAGACCCGCUUCUGGAAUACGCCAGCUUGGCCUGGGUUCCUGAAGAAAUGCAUCUGGAAGAUGCUGCUCGAAGAGGGCAGCGACUGGCUCAAUGUGGACGACCUGGCGGGCGCUAGCAUCUUCUAG